AUGUCCAGUGCGGCAAGUAAUACCCAGUCCAUGGCUCAAACAAAAGACGAGUCACACCUGUUGUCCUACCCGGUAAAGCCUGUCGAUGCUUGCGUCGUAACGUCAGAUCCCGAGCACUGGGGUCGACUAACCUCGUGGGACAUUCGCGAGCACGAUCUAGAGCGUUGGCUCGACGCAAGUCCCGGUGCCAAACCCGAGGAUUUCUGGACCGAGAACUUCAUUUUAUUUCGCGGUAGACCAUAUUGCGAGGCCGCCCUCAGGGCCAUCGUCAUGUGGAACCACGAGGAGAUUGGCGGUCACGCCGUCAUGUUCAUGGAUCAGAUUCUCAUGUGGCAGCCUCACUAUUUCCCGUAUGCCAUGAGGUAUCGGUGUAGUGUUGACGAGCUUUUUGAGCCCGACCAGAUCAAGCAUUAUGGACGUGUCUUCCUUGAGAAGAUUGUCGAGUGGUGCAAGCUCACUUACUUGAAGAACCAAGCUUACUGGGAUGCCAUUCUUGCGAACCCGCCGUCUGGCCUGCAUUUGAAGCAAUUCAUCGCGGACGUCAAGGCCAACCAUUACCCCGCAAAGCUGAAGGAGAUGAAAAUUGUCCCAGAAGACCGUCCAGAUGAAUGGCCCGCAGUGUACUUUGCUCGGGCUCGCGGCAAGUCCGUGGAACCUUUAUCAUUUGCGGCCACACGGUUUCAGAAAACUCAAAACAGCGAGGCUGAACGUCCAGAAAGCUGUCAAGACCAGCCUGCAGGCGUUCAACUGCAGAAAACCUGCGGUAAUGAUGCAAAGGAAACGUAUGGCGCUGGUUCAGUCCCACCCAACAACGACGGAGGUGCAGUUCAGAUUGACACUGCUGCAAUUUCUUCGAACGCUGCUGCUGCCAAGGCAUCUGACCGUGAUAGAAAAGGGGAAAGCCCUGGUGACAACACUGAGGCUGAAGAUAAGAAGGCCGACGUACAGAUUUCUCAACAACCACAAGCCCCCAAAGGCAAGAAGCCGGCUGUCGACGGCGAAAUUUCAGUUUCGGAGCCAAUUUCUCACCGUCGAGUGAAAUCUGACUUCGAUGGUGCAGUCAAAGAACUCAGGAAAUCUACGCUCUCUCUUUCAGACUGGAUGACUGCACCUGGAGUUGAGCGUCGAGCUAUCUCUACCCAAUCGCAGUCUGAGCUCAUAACGAAGGCGACAGUUGGGAACGGACAAAAGGAGGUACCUCCGCAUAACAGAGGCGGCGCCGAAAAAGUCAUCGGCCGCUACGAAUAUCGCCUCGGGAAUCCGCCUCUGGUCUUCCAACACUCGUCUGAACGGAACGUUAUCGCGAUCAACAAUGCAGCGUAUCUAUAUCACCAUGAUCGUAGCUUUGGCAGACAGGGUUCGCCUUUACUCGAACACCCAACAACUAAUCGUCCUGGCUCCAGCAUUUGUAAGGUGGACCCUCGCCGUGGCGGAAUGAUCUUUCAUAGUCCAAAACCUGAGCCGCACUUCAGUCAACCCCGUGGGCGAAAUUAUCCUAUAGCGCAAUCUGGCUCUUACAUGGGGCAUAUAGGCUCACCACGCAUGGGCUACCCUGCUCGAUCUGUUUCCACAAAGAUAUUGCCGCAGGGCCAGCAGGUCAUGAAAUUCUCGAUAGUUCCUUCUGCACCAUUUGGAACCGUUCCUGGGAACAUCAUGACACCACACGUCGUUCAUGCACAGCAUGGAGCGUGGCCAGAAACUCCAGCUCCAUUACCUCAAGCUGGCCAAUCACCAAGACACGUUGGUAUUCCCCCAAUACGCAACCCAUCUCGCUACAUUAUGCGUGUGCCACCACCACAAACAAUGCAUAAUAGCCCACAGCUUCUGCAGCAGCAUUGCCUUCCCAACCAUGUACAGCCACCUCUACUAGACCCAACCCAACAUAUGGGCAUGUCUACCGCACACGACGCUUCUGCUCGUCAUGUGGCACAUGCGACAAGCAAUUCAUUUGCUGGUGAACAUGUCGGUCGUCGGUCAUUGAUUGUGGCGGAUGCAUCUUCUUUUAGUCCUAGCGACGUCCAUAUUCCUCAUAUUCGUUGCAGUGGCCUUACUUCCACCAAUCGGUUUGUCGACGAACAGUCUAUCGUCAUGCCAUCUCGCUCCAGUCGUCCUGCUCGUCGCUUGUCAAAUGCCAGCCAGGUUGUUCAUCGAUCAUCGAUCGCAGGUGACAUUGUACCUUUUCCGUCGUAUACUGAAAAGUCUUACACGGAAAACACGGUUGAUCUCGCUAACAUGACAGAAAGACAACAAUGCACAUCUGGUUUUAUUGGCCCAGAUGCAGAAGAUGUCGUGACGCUGUGGUUUGGCAACAUUCCAAUUGAUACGACCGUCGACCAGCUCAAAGCUUUUGUUAGUAUCACAGUGCCAGUAGCUGAGGUCAAAAGUCCUAUCACAUUUGACCCAUCGAUGAAUGCGGGUCUAGGAUGGACCUUCGUCAAGUUCCAUAGCAACGCCGAUGCACGAAAAGCUUUGCGAGAGCUUCAUCACGCAGAAUUCAAUGGCGGCAAUCUCAAAGUCCAGGUUCCUGAGCGCCGGACCCGUGAAGGCAUCGAACGUCGCGCACGCAGAAGAUCUUCGUUUGGUAGAUACAACCGCUCAAAAUCGUUUGGUCAGGUUUCUGGAUACACCGGUUAUCAAGCACAGGUUAAUAGUGGUGGCAUAUUCACUCGCUACGAAGGCAUACCUGUCAUUUUUGACCCACGAAGUACUCGAGGAGGGUCAAUGUCACAAGCCAUACAUGCUGUGCGCCGCAAUAGUGCUUUCACGCAGCAAGAUGCUCGUAGCGACUUGCCACUCGGCGAUCUAAAAGAGGACACAGAGCCUCCUAGUUCGCACAAUGCUAGCUCAUGUACCAAUGCACCGAUUCAGGCAGCUGAAACAAUUGAUCAGGUUGUCUCUGGCGAUGUAGAGGCUCUGUUGAAGCCAAUAAAGAAGAAGCACAGAAGGAAGAAGCCUAGUAGGUCUCGCGAGGCAUCAAUUACGCCUUCUGAGUCAAAUAUCUCAUCCCCUGCCAACGGAUCGAGUUCGUCGCGUGGAUAUAUUACCCCUGCAGAUAAAGACAAGGUCAAAGAGAAGUUUCAAAGCUCUUUAAUAUCUCUCCAUGUCGAAUCUAAGGCUUUGGAACGUAAUCAGACUAUUCCAUCUAGCCACACAGCAGAGACAGCUCCGCUUGAAGAUAGCCAAACUACUGAAUAUGGGCGGUCCUUGAAUACCGUGGGACAUUUUGAAGUUCAUGAUAGGUAUGAAUCAUUUUCGGAGCAGCCAGAAGGCACAGAAACGAUCUCGGGACUAGUUUAUGAGACGAAGUCCAUGGAUCAAGCUUUUGAACCACAUAAAGUAAUGUUGACCACAAAUCCUUCCUUAGAUGGGACUGCAACACCUCUGUUCAAUCAAAGCGAAAUUAUGGGCAUGUCCGAGCCUAUCAAGAUCCAAGGUACUCAGUCUGUAUUCUCCACUGACAUGCAUGACCAUGGGAAGGCUGUCAGAGUGAAAUCGCUGAAGGAGAAGGGAGCUGCUCAAACAGAGUCUUUGUCAAUCUACAACAAGAAAUCAAAAGCGGAGAGAGACGCAGAGAAAAAGAAGGCUAAGAAGCAACGCCAGGCAUCCAGGAAAAUCUCGAAAAUCUCUACAGAUGUCCCAGAAUCAAAAAUGGAAGAUAGAAUAGUCGAAAAGACGCCAAAGAAACAAGUCUGUGCCGCAGCUGUCGAGUUCCAUAGUGCGCCGACUGUCAUUAGCGAGCACGUCGAGGGCAAAACUUUUGAUGGCAAAGUGAAACAUCUGCCUGUCGGUCCGAGCGGCUCUAGUUCUUUGCCAGCUACACCUACCACUGCUCGAGAACAUCUUUCUAGUCCGCGGGCACCUACGGCCGAGAUCCACGUAAUUCCUCCAUGGCAGGGAAAUGCCGAUUCUGUCACGGAAAGUUGUAAGGGUAAAUUUGACGACUUUGGGUCCGUAUUUGAUGGAGGACUCGCACGACAAGAAUUGGAACAAGUUGCCACUGCCGCUCAGCAAGUUAGUGUCGGAGAUCUUAUCAACAUUUCUCGGGCCACUAAUGCGCAUAAAAUUGUUCAACCUUCGGAUCAAGGAUUCGUUUCUACCAAACUAGAGCCUCCAGGAAGUCAAGUCCUUUGCCCUUUAGAGCAUUCAUUUAAUUUUGCUCUUUCGUCACCAAAGAAAAUGGGGGAUGGGAAGGGAAAGGGCGGUAAGACGUCAUCGAACAAGACGUACGCUGAAGCAGCGAAGAAUAUAAUAAGUCCUGAAGAUUCCACGGCUCCGAACACGCUGGGUCUCACAGAACGGGACGUUAAUGUACUGCGAUGAUGAGUGAGUUAUAGAAACAAGUAGCGUUUACCGCUGUGCUGAUCAUUCAACUACUAUUGAACUCAGCUCGGAGUACCGCAUGACGAAUCAAUUCGAAUCACUAAGGCCUUUCUCAUUACUUCCAAAUAGAAGCUCUGAGAAUGCCAUGUGUCAAUCUUUGACCAGGCAAGUGAAAGAUUCUUGGCUGGCAAUGGAACAGCUGGCAGGGAAUUAAGGCAGUGCUGAAUACGACAAGACCGCACAAAGAUCAUAAGAAGAGGAGAAGAAAAAGAAGGAGGAGGAGGUAUGGGUGUCUUUUGACAGUGUCACAAAGGCAGCACAUGAGAGAAUCGUAAAAACAAGCUCAGAUUGUUUAGCAAACUAUAAGAUGUCAAUUGCAUUCACAGGAGAGCUCAAGUCUAUAUUUUGAACAAAGUUACAAAAAGGCACAAUGCUUUUUUACUUCGCAG